UUGUCUUCCGCCCGGGAACUUUGCACCGAAGGGGAGCAAGGAAAACUCGCAGGUGCGUCCCCGGACCCGGCCCCACGCCAGGGCGAGAACACGCCCUCGGUCCGGGCCCGCCCGGCCCGAGGCUGAGGUAAUCACUCGAUUCCGGUGCGGGGGCAGCACAGCCGGCCGCGCACGUGCCCCCGCUGACCCGCCCGCCCGCCGGCCAGUGCACCCGGCUCCCGCCGCCCCGCGCCGGCCGCCCACUCCGCAGCGGCGCCUCGGCUCCCGACCGCGCCGGUCCGCCCGGCGGCCCCUAGGCCAGCCACCCGCCCAUGCUCGCCGCCACCAGGACGGCCCACCAGCUCUUCCAGAGCCUCUUCUCCGUCCGGAGAAUGGGUAACUCCGCCUCCAACAUCGUCAGCCCUCAGGCGGCCCUGCCGGGCCGGAAGGAGGCGAUCGCCGUAGCGGCCAAACAUCAUGUCAAUGGCAACAGAACAGUUGAACCUUUCCCAGAGGGAACACAGAUGGCUCUAUUUGGAAUGGGCUGUUUCUGGGGAGCUGAAAGGAAAUUCUGGACCCUGAAAGGAGUAUAUUCAACUCAAGUUGGUUAUGCAGGAGGCUACACUCCCAAUCCUACUUAUGAAGAAGUCUGCUCAGGCAAAACUGGCCACGCAGAAGUAGUCCGAGUGGUAUACCAGCCAGAACGCAUCAGCUUUGAGGAGCUGCUCAAGGUCUUCUGGGAGAAUCAUGACCCGACCCAAGGCUUGCGCCAAGGCAACGACCAUGGCUCUCAGUACCGCUCUGCCAUCUACCCGACCUCUGCUGAGCACAUGGAGACAUCCCUGAGGUCCAAAGAGGACUACCAGAAGGUUCUGUCAGAGCACGGCUUUGGCCUGAUCACCACCGACAUCCGGGAGGGACAGACUUUCUGCUACGCGGAGGAUUACCACCAGCAGUACCUGAGCAAGAUCCCCAACGGGUACUGCGGCCUUGGGGGCACCGGAGUGUCCUGCCCGCUGGGUAUUAAAAAGUAAUUUCUUCCCACAUGGUCAGCCCUUGAGGUCACAGCAAAAAUGCUUCCAACAAAUCGGGCAGUUCUUUUGUGGUUCAUUCACAUCAGUUGCUUUUUGAAGUACACAAAGGCAUUCAUAAAAAUCUGGUUUAUUGAGGUAUAAUUUACAGGAAGUGCAGUGGCAGGUUGAUAACGUGUAAUUUAAUCUUCUAAUAAGUUAUGGUGGGAGGAGAGGUGUGAAAUCUUUUGGAUCAUUUGGUGUCUGAAUGAGAAUAGUGAAUAAUUAGUGUUCACCCUUCUUGUGCCUGGGUGCCUGCCAUGGAUGCUAGAGAACCAAGCUGGGAGGUUGUCGGAGGAGAUAGGGCAUCCUUUAUCUGUGCCCUGUCUCACCUCGCAAGCCCUCCUGCCCUCCGGUGCCUUCAAAUCUGCAAACAUUUGUAGCCACAAUGAGUCGUUCACUGAAAUACUUUGCUCAGCUGAUCCUAUAUUUGUGUAAAGGGCUUUCUCACUCUUUUCGGCCCUCCUCGUGGCAGAGAAAAGAUGUGAGUUAGCUUGAUGAAUUUUAACGCUUUGCUCACAGCUAUGAGAAAUGCUUGUUCUAAUAAAAGUCUACAGUCUAAUAAUACAAA